UCCAGAACCCUGCUUUUACAGGAUUCUCAGUCUCAUGAAGUGGGGUCUACAGUAUCAAUUGUACUUGUAUGGGAAUCAGUCAUCACAGAUCAAUUGCCAUAGACAGAAAAAUCCUGCUAUUUCAGAAACAGAACCAAGAGGAGUGAUCUAAACUGUCAGUUGCUAAAGAAAGAAGUAACUACGUGAUAUACAUGUGUAUCUGAGCCAGCCACGUAAGUGUCAUCCCUAGAACCACACAAGGCCAUUUCAAGUUGUUUCUUAUGAAACAGCCUGUGGCUGACAUCCUUCUCUAAUUUUGGCUGCAAUGUGAGAAGAUCUGAGAAGAUCAGAGCUAGCUGGCAACAGAGAGUGACUUUCAUGCUAGAAAAGCUAGUUCUUCAAAUAUUGAUUCCACCUCACAAAUACUGAUUCCAUACCAUCUUUUCUCAUUGGAGAAAAGUGGAAAUAAGAAUACUGGCAGGUCAUAAACCAAAUGAUGACACACAAAGUCAGAGUUCAAAGAUGUAACAGAUUCCAGGACAUCAGUCACAAGGACCAGUUUCCUCUUCCCAGCAUGAUCACAAAUGGUUGGCUUUUGCACAUCUGCUUUCUGAUGCUCUCUGUCACUGAAAUCUUGUCCCAGGGCUGCAGCCAACUUCGCAGCAAGCUACAGCAAGCCAACAUGGACAAUCUAGAACUUCUGGGCAAAAAAAUGGGAACAACCAUUCCGUUACAAUGUGUAGAUGAUAUAAUCAACUUCUCAUCCAAACCCAAUGAUGUGAGUCUUCCAAGCAUUUAUGAGUUCCAAAAGGAGAACGCCACGGUGGCCAUUGAUGAAAUCCUCCAGCAGAUCAUUUACGUCUUUAGUGAAAACCACACUCAGCUGCCUUGGGAUGAGAAUUCCGUCACUGUUUUCAGGCUUGGGUUAGACCAGGCAAUUGGGGAAUUGGCGCCCUGCUUGAAUACAGGGAUGCAGGACAUCAGAGACAAAGUGAAAAAAUACUUUGAACGAAUCAAUGUCCUCCUGAAAGACAAAGAGUACAGCCUGUGUGCCUGGGAGAUUGUCCAAAUGGAAGUUAGACAGUGUUUAAUAGUGAUUAAUCAACUCAUCACAAGGCUCUCCAAUGAAGCUCCUGUUGCAGCAGCUGAGGCAGAUGAGAUGAACACUCCAGGACCGUGCCCUGCCUCAGCUUCUUCAAGGGUGAAAGAGAAGCAGGAAUCAGAUUUACCUACAGUCAUUGAUGCAGUAAUACAGGAAGAAGAACUGAAUGACACGGGAACUUGAAGCAUGCCACAAACUGCUCCGCUCUCACAGGAUUCUUCCUGUGACACAUUAGUAGGAAGUGAAACAGCUGCUUUACAUUUCAUCACUAACUGAAUUGUUUCCUUAAGUUCCAAAGAACAUUUUUAAAUUUGGAAAUACACUAUGCUACACUAAAGCCAUAGAAAAUAAAAGCCCCAAAUGAAACAAAAUGAAACGAACCAAAGAAGACAAAUGUGUAAUAGAAUAGGUAAAAAUGGAAAGCUAUUUUUCUAUAUUUCCUCUCCUUUCUGUCAAGA